GCUCUUCCCUCGUGAGAGGUGAUGUCACGAGAGCUGCCCGUGUUCGUUCCAGCUGACUCGCUCGAGCUGCGAGAGGGAGAGGAAAAGCGGUGGAACAAACUAACGACAGAAAGAGAGAGAGUGCGUGAGAAAAAAAAAAGAGACAGACAGAAAGUGAGGAGGAACGAGAGCCUUCCGACCGUCCAGCUCAACUUGCGCUCGGUGUUUCUGGAGACUUUCUGGUUUGUUUGUUUUUUUAUUUUUAAUGUUUGUGGGUGAAGAAGACGGACAUUUUUUGCUUAAAGCUUAAAGCUAGUUAAUUAAUUAAUUCCUGUCAGAUUGAGAGAGCGGUUUGGUUUAUCGUCUCUUCUCUCACUCCAGGCUGUCCACAGGUUUAUGGCUCAUUUCUUUUGGUCGUGGUGAGUUUGUGUUGGACCUCAGGCUCCAUGGACGCCCGUCAGUUUCAGCUGAAUCGUUUUUUUGGAGAAUAUCUGCGCCCUGACCGGGAGGAGCGCCAGCAGCUCAGUUUGGUGACGAAUGUACAGAAAUGAACGGACAGACCGCGGUCUAGAGCUCAGCAGAGGAGAGAAGCAGCGACUUAAACUCUUACAGCCCGAGCGGCCGAAGAUCAGGGUCCAGGGGCGGCAGGUUUAAACACUCUUCUCUUAAAGGUGCUCGCCCGCGCCUGUCUCUCACUCUCUCUCGCUCUCACUCUCAGUCUCAGUCCAGAGGAGAUGGAGCUCUCCUUCUGAGUGAACACACUGUACCGGACGUAAACACGCCUCUCAGCCUCUCCACCCGGGAAUGGAUUAAGAUUUAAGGGUGGUGUGGAUUUUUGGAGGGAAUUUGGGUGAACCUCAAAGCCAAGCAGAGCAGGCAUUGGUCAGCUGUAACAAUAAAUAAAUAAAACAAACAAAAAACCCUCUGGUUUUACUCAAAAGUCUUUCAGAGCUUUAGUUCUUCAGUUCCAGAGCGAGCUGCACCUUUCAGAGCCUCUCACUGGUCGAGAAGCCAAACACCUAGGUUAUCUAGCUGUAGGUGUGUGUUGUCAGGCUAUGUCCAGACAACUUUCCCAGCUUCUACCACCAGAGCUCCCAGCUGGAGCUGGAGCCAGUCCACAGUUUGGUCCAGCUAAUCCAACGCCAUCUACUCCUAAUGGACACUUGAACUCUAUGGCCAGCUUGAAGACUCUCCUACAGAUUCCCAUUAAAGGAGACAACAACAGAGCUAAAGACUGCUGUGAGAUGAAAGAUAAAGACAAGCCCCUAGACUCUGAUGAGGACUCAAUGGGUGGAGUCGGGGGCGUGGCAGGCGGAGGAGGCACCAUCCGUAACUCCUCCCAGUCGGCUUUCCUGGGACCAUUACUGUGGGAACGCACCCUACCUUGUGAUGGCAGCCUGUUCCAGCUGCAGUAUAUGGACCUGGAGGAGUUCCUGACGGAGAAUGGGAUGGGGUGCAUGCCUUCAGGAAACGGCUCCAGUGCCCAGGCCCAAAUCCCCUCACAAAGCACACAAUCAGCUGUACCCAGUCAGAGCUCCCAGUGCCCACCUUCCUCACCUCCCCCUUGCUCCUCCUCCGCCUCUUCCAUCUCCUCCCUGUCCUCCUCAUCCUCCUCUUCCUCCCUGCUGGGCCUGGACGUGCCACAGAACCCAACACCGGGGGUGCUGGGAGGUCCUGAGUGUCUGCAUGGAGGACAGGCGGUGCAGCAGGACCAGUCUCCAAGCUCCUCCUGCCCACCUCCACCAGUGGCCCUGCCUAACAACGCUGCUGAUGUCAUGGUGAACUUCGAUCCUGACCCUGCGGACCUGGCCUUGUCCAGCGUGCCAGGCCAGGAGGCGUUCGACCCAAGAAGACAUCGUUUCAGUGACGAGGAACUCAAGCCUCAACCCAUGAUCAAGAAGGCUCGCAAGAUGCUGGUGCCAGAUGAGCAGAAGGAUGAAAAGUACUGGAGCCGCCGCGUCAAGAACAACGAAGCAGCCAAACGCUCUCGAGACGCACGGCGGCUGAAGGAGAAUCAGAUAUCUGUCCGGGCUUCUUUCCUUGAGCGAGAGAACGCCGCGCUCCGACAGGAAGUAGCCGACAUGCGUAAAGAGCUGGGCCGCUGUCGCAACAUCAUCAACAAGUACGAGAGUCGCCACGGAGACUUAUGAAGAAGAUGGAGACUGAGAAGGAGAAGCAAUCAUGUUUUUGUUUUUUAAAAGCAAAAGAGUUUUUAAGGACAGGACUGUUAAUAUAGACUUGUCAGUUUGUGUGCGUACUUGUUCCAAACUUGCACUACAAACACUUGCAGACUGCGUUUUUCUGUUUUGUUUUCAUUUUUGUUUCGUUUCAUUUGCAAGUGUUGUCAGUUUUUGAUUGAGGCGGUGUUGUGCAUGCCUGCAACAAGUACUUUGGUGAACAGUUCAGUAACCCUAAUCAAAGGGAAUGCUCACGAUGUCUAGAAGUAAACACUGUUCAGAUUCCUCUUUUUUUUCCAAGCUGUUCUGUGAGUAUUGAUCUUUCCCUGCAACACUAUGCCGUCUUUUUUGGUGGACGACUGAAGCUCAUGUCAGUCUUUCAGGGUGAUUGUCAGCUCGUGCGCAGUGUUACCCAGACCUUAUGAACAUUCCUUUUAUUGUUCUUCUGGCUCAUUUUCUUAGAGAGGUGCGUUUUAUGAGGUGACACAGGUGUAAUUUUUUCUAUAACAAAAAAAAAAAACAUUGUAUAUUUUUGAACUGCUUAGGCACAGAGAUGAUUAGCAGUAAGAAAGAGAGAGGAGUGGAAGGAAAGACAACACAAAGAGAUUUUGACAUAGGAAAAAAAUGUAUAUUUUUAUACUUACAGGAAGAGACAGGUGAACAGAUUUUGGAAAUAAUCUUUUUGUAUAUUUUAUAUAUGGGUGGGUAGGGGUAGCUGUAGAGAAAGAGGGCUAUAUGAAGAUGUUUAAAAAAAAAAAAUCAGGACAGAGUUUGUUGGGUGAUAUAAUUUAAACGUAUAGAUUUAUGAAGAUUGUUAGGAAGAGCCGAAUAAGGAGAGCGAAUACUGAUACUGAAAUGAAAGAAUGUAAGAACAGGUUGAAACAGUCACACAUAGGAACAGACAUAGGAACAGAUGCAGGGCUGCAGCGGGAGGUGGAGAACUUUUUCUCUGUUAAAAGCAGAAGUGAGCAACAAAAUGAGAGCCACGUAGAUUGGAAAUUUGUGUUGUGGGUUUGAUGAAGCACUUAAUUUGAUGUCCUUCUUCUUCUGGAUUCUUUUUUAUUUUUAAUUCAGCAUGUUUUGCCCUGGGUUAAAGGGGGAGAAAGAAAAAGAGAUAGAAAGAGAUUCUAACAGAAAGAAAAUAGGAGCUCUGGACACUACCACCCUGCCACUACAUGUACAAUAGAUUUCUCCAUGUAUAUAUUUUAAAUGUUUAAACUACAAUGUCUUUAUAUAUACACAUACAUAAACACACACAUGCACACAAACUGGACCUUGGUUUUCAUGGCCAGUAUGAAAAAACGCACAAAACAAGACUCCUAGUAUGAAGUCGAACGAACCAACGUACAGUCAGAUGUUCUCUCAGCACUAUGGUUCAGCAUGCUUUUCUCGCUCGAUCUCUUUCUCUCCCUCCCUCAGUUAUUUUAUUCUGUUCUUUUUUUCUGACGAGUGAUGAUGCUGGUUUGGAAUUCCUUUUGCCCAGAUUCAGUUGGCAGUGAGUGGGUUGCAUGGUGGCGCAUGCCUGCGUACUGUAUGAUCAGCACAGAGAAAAAAUAACACACCCUUGUGUUGACGACUUGUCAUUUUUUAUAUGGUGCUCACCCACUUCCUCCACACACACGCACACACACAUACAGAAAUCGACUGCCUAUAACCCUGUUUCUCUUCUCUUAAUGUUUUAUUACCCCCCUCACUGUACAGGGGAGCGAGUACAGACAGAAUCACAUGUUUAUAAAAGUCCCAAAACUAAACCCUUACAGCAAAUGCACCCUAAUACUACUGUACCAUUUCAAAUACAAUGUACCAUUUUAUAUAAAUAUAUAUAUAUAAAUAUUGAAUAUUAAACUAUUAUAUCACUAGAUAUGUGUGUAUAUGGAUAUAUGCUUGAAUAUGUGACUCUAGAUGUAAUUUUAUAUAAACUUGAAUACAUGUAGUAUCUAUACAGAAAAAAUUUAUUAAAAUAAUUAUAAUUUUAAAAAAGAAACAAUUUUUUUGCCCAAUUUGCUCAGGUGUCUAAAAGAUCUAUCAAAACAAGCCAUUUUUUGUAAAUGACUGGGGUGGAUGAAGUACAAAAUAUCUUUCUGCAAAAGAUUCAGCUUUUCAGUGAAGGUAGAAAUUACAAAAGUACAGAGCUGUAUUUAUGAUUGCAGCCUUACAGUUCUCAUUAAUAUGAAGCAUUAUUAAUAUAUUAAUAUUAAGAUCUAGAAUACUUUAAAGUGCUUUUCCUUUUGUUUGAGGAUGCACAGAAUAUUCAGCAUCUGGAAUUAUUCAACUGAAAACAUAACAAAAAAGGAAUUUUGAAUAAUUUGUACCAAUUUGUACCUAAUUUAUUAUUUUGUUAAAAAAUCUGCUGGGCUGUUAAACAUAUUUAGUGUUAAAUAUUUUAAUUUUAGUUUGUUUUUUUAAGCAAGUUUCUCAGUUCUCAGACUUUGACCAGAGGAUUUGUUUCAUUUUGUUUGUUUUUUUGUCAGAAUUUUUAUUUUGGUGGAUUCCUCAUUUUUGAUAUGUAAAGGAAACUGUCUGAUUGGUCGGACAAAGUUGCAUUCAUAUGAUGUGCAGGUCCAUUUAAUGUAAUGGCAUCUGGUAUUUGGUUUCUUCAUCUCUUGGAAGAAAGACCUACUAAAUAUUUAACUCCCAAGAGAACAACUACUGAGUAACCGAAUAACAGUGCUAGUAAACAGAUUUUGCCAUUUUUUAAAACCUUUUUUCUUAAACAAAAAUAAAAUAUUAAAUUUUUUCUUAUUUGACAUGGCAUAUUUUAAUAGUAUUGGUCAGUGAUAAGCUAUACUAAGAGGCCCCAGGUGUGUGUGUGUGUGUGUGUGUGAGAUCUGUAGAUUUGAGUUAGUCUGUGUUUCCAAAGAAAAUUGCUGGAUGUUGUAUUGGGUGGACAUACUUGCCCCUAGAUCUGAAUGAAUGUGUGUGUGUGGUGCUGUAUCUAAACUGUAUUCCUGGCUUGUCCCCAGUGUUUCCCAGGAAGUAUCCGAGCCAUCCCUAAUCCUGACCAGAAAAAAAUGUGAUAAGAAAUUGUAAUUUCCAAAUGUCCUUCAGGUCUUAACAUGAGGGUUCCCUUCAUGUACAUUUAACAGGUCGUAUUUUACUAACAGGACAUCUACGUUUACUCAACUAUGAAAGUGUUGUACUUUAUCCACCCCUCUUUCAGUCACAUAUUUGGAUUAGUUUUGGCUGCAUAGAUAUCAAAAAAAUCCAUGAAAACCCAUAAAAAACCCAUUACCAACUCAUCUUGGGAAGGUUUAAAUAAACAGUGCUGGACAUUAAAAAUACUUCUUUGUUCAUUUUACACAUUUUACAACUUUCAGUGUAUCUCCUUAUUUCUCCAUUCUCGUUACUCUUAUUAUUGCUAGUAUUAUCAUUGUUGAUGCUCUUAUGAUUAGUAUUCAGACUUUUUUUCUCCUGCAUUUUCUCGCGACAGCCUUUGAAAGAAAAUGCGAUACUGUCUUACCUGUGUCGUCACCAUGCCAUUUACAGUAACUCCAGAUUCCAGUGAGACUGUUCGUCGUUGGCACAAUCCACCAAGACUGUACACGGCCCCAAGUGCAUUGUGGGGGCCGUUGUCUCGUCCUUGUACGUAUGAGUUUAUAUAAGCUGAUACAAACAACUGAGAAUUGAGCAACUGUGUUUUUUUCUCUUUUCCUGGAGGAAUUUGAACUACUCCUUCUGCCAUCAUUGACUUGGUGCUGCUUUCGCUGCCAAGGGCCACGUCAAAGGAGAACAUUGUUUUUGUUAUACCGGGACUGUUUGUAGAAGCUUAAAUCGAAACUUUUGACAGUGCUAUUUUUCUAUGUAACUCUGUGUACACAUUAAGAGAUUUCACGGGCAUUGGUAGCCCAUCCUCUCUUUGCAGCGAUGGUAUUCUACCAGAUGUUAUUGCGGGUAUUGUAUUCAUCCUUUUUUUCCUUUUUCCACAUGUGGAAUAUUAACAGGUCCCUGUUUGUGACUGUUAUGAACUACAAAUCCCAACAGCAUACCACUAUCAAACUUCACUGAUAAUGUUUAUUGUUCCUACUUUUAGGGAUGCAGGGAAUGUGGUUUGGCUAUUUUUCCUGACACACCAAUAAAUGAUUACCCUUAUUCACUGAUACAAACCCCA